AUGCACGCAGAGUUCACUGGACGCUCCGAUUUGUAUUGUUUCAACUUUUUGAGCCAAACUUACACGAUGCACGGACUCAUUCGUAUGAAUCGGCGAAUCAGGAUUUCUCAAAUCGUACUGUUGAAGGAGUCCCGACUCGAAUCCAAUGGUAAUCAAAUCGUCCAUUUGAGUGAACAGAGCCGUCGUCGCGUUCACGUCGAAUGUGGAGCAGAAGAAUGA